AAAAUAGUUCGAAGAUCAAAACGCGUGCACGAAUAGAGCUUUCUGGCGCGUUCGAUAGGUUCGAUUGUUGGCAUCUGCUUGAAAAAUUUGAUAAUUUUCAGAUAGUUUCGUUCUAAAAUGCCCAAUAAAACUGUAGUUUUAGCUUACAGCGGUGGCCUCGAUACCUCAUGUAUUCUAGUUUGGUUGAAAGAAGAAGGCUACGAUGUCAUUGCCUAUUUGGUAUGAAAUAGUUUAAUUGCUAUUUUUGUCUAACUAUUUUGUUAGUGAAUAUUUAUAUCAACUACUUUUUAAAACAUUUUCCAUAAUAAUAUUUGUUUUUGUAACUUUUCCAAGAAGUAUAAUAAAGUACGACCCCAUAAUUGGGCACUAGUAUUUACACAUCCUAGUUCCUUUACAAUAAAACCCAUUUUAUUUAUACAAAACAGCUUCAUUGAUGAAAUGUGCUACCCCAGGCCGAAAAUACCCCUGAUUGUUAAAGAACAAGCCAUCGCUAACUUGUGGGGGGUUGUAUAUUUCAAAUCAAAUGUCGAGAUUUGUAUUUACACUUUGGUACAAGCUAGAAAGCUACAGUUCAGUGAGUUCACCAUUAACACAUGCAAAAUUGCAUCAGACUUUUUCUUGUCUUUGUCCGUUUGUUUACAUACGAUUUUGCUUGCCCAUAUAUUAAAAGCAUUUAAUUUACACAGAGCAGAUGUCUUGUUAAUUUAAUAGUGUUUGCAGUUCGUAUUAAAAUAGGUGCCACAUAUUCUUAUCACUGUUAUAAAAUUAUAAUAACCCUUUGGUAUGCGAGUGCAAAUAAGUGUUUUUAUGACUUGGUGAACCUCUGCAGUGGAAAAAUAUUCAUUGGCUUUUAAUUUAUACAAGUCUACAUACUUCAAUUUGUCUGACAUAUUUCAGGUUUUUCUAAAUGAUAAUAUUAAUGAAUAAUGUCAGUUAAUAAAUAAUAUGUCACCAGCUAUAAAGUAGGUGUGAAAAUUCGCACAGAACUAGCAAUUUACUAUAAUUAUAAUUUUUAUGAUAAUGUCUGUUUUUGAAUGUGUUACUCUCAAUUUCAAUUUGCUUUUCAAAACUGACUUCCAAUGUUUACUUGUAAAUUCGAAAUGUUUGUUGUAAAGUUCCGAAGUUUGUUUUGAAGUUCGUUCCGAUGAUUUACGAUAAUCAAGUUUAGUAAGUUGUAAUUGGCUAGUUAAGUGAACAAUCAAAUCGAAUCAAAUCGCUUGCUAUUGAAUCAUCGUAAAUCAUUGUGACGAACUUCGAAACAAACUUCGGAACUAAUUACAACAAACAUUCCGAAUUUACAAGUAAACAUUGGAAGUCAGUUUUGAAAAGCAAAUUGAAAUCGAGAGUAAUGCAGAUGAUAAAGAUUGGAUAAGAUUGAAUAAGAUCCAUUACCCUAGUAUAGGGGGUGGGGUGGGAUGUCUAGGCUUCAUGGGUGAAAUUGUGUAGCAUUUAAUUAAAAUGUAUAUGCAUACCCUACUCUUCUGCAAUGGGUUGAACUAACAUAGUCGUCCGGCAGUAGACAUGAUAAAAUAACAAAAUAGGGUGCAUUAGCCAUUAGGGUUCAACACAUGUAGCUGAAUAGGUUAAUCCAGUUAAUGAUAAAGUAAUUUUUGAUUACAUGUUAUUUCUGCCUACCAUCCUUCUUUCUAGACAAAUAAGAUGGUAUUUCCUGACUUUGUUUUCAAAUGGAAGUGAUAAUAAAGGUCCAUUGAGUCAGCAGGGGGGCAUGAAUGCAUUGUUGUGUUGUUUUGCUAAGCCACUAACCUGUUUAGCCAUACUAGCUACUUUGUUAUUUUACUCUGUUUAAUGGCAGAUAUAUUGAUUAAGAAGAAGUUGUUGAACCUUCGUAUUUUACUCUCUCUAAUUCCAAGUGAUUUUACUGGUCUCGAGGGCAAAGUUUCAGUUAACAUAGUACACUGUAAUUGUAGUAAUUAUCUAGUUUUUGAAUGCAUGUUAUUUUUGGCUGCUUCUGUACUUUUCCAGAAUAAAAUUGCAAUGUGUGAUAAGAUUCAUUUUAUGAUUGUGUGAGCUAUUACCCAUCAGGGGAACCAAUGCUAUCUUAGAAAUUGUGUAGGAUUAACCCAUUAAGUCUUGCUACUUUGUUCCUUUCCUCUGUCUAAUGGCAUGCAGCUUUAUUCAGCUGGGGAAAAGUGAACAUUAAUGGCGAUUAUCUACCCUGAUCUCGAUCUUUUUAACUUUGAGUGCAUUUGCACCCUGAUGUUCCUACUUCUUUGAUAAAACUCCUCAACAACCAUAUAUGGUGUUUAUCAUUAACUUAUCAGUUGUACUCCACCCUGACACACCCUACUUCAUUAUUUUACUCUGUCUAAUGCCAGACAAUUUUACUCAUCAAGGGGAGGGUUCUAGUGCUAAAUGGAUUAAUCAGACUAUCUGCCCAUGUGUCUAGUAAAUCCAUUAAGUUGCAGUGUGCCCUGACACACUCUACAUUAUUAUUUUACUCUAUCUAAUGCCAGACAAUUUUAAGGGGAGAGCACUGGUGCUAAAUGGGUUAAUCACAUGUAAUAUCAAAUCUAUAAAAUUUGACUAGUACAAGAAACUUUAUAAGAUUUACCCAUUGAGUGCGAGUGCUCGUCAGGGCAGGAAAAAAGAAUUUUCUUUGUGGGAGCACAACCUGAAGACAGAAAUGUCCUGCAGACCAAUGGAGUAUUUUUGUGCUAAAUCUGCAUGUGCAUAAACAUAUAGUGUUCUAGCUGAUCAUGGUUCUAAAUUCAAGGAAUAAUGUCUGUCAAACCAUACUGUAUGUUGUUGCACCCAUGGUACGUGGCACAUGGGUGUUAAGGUUUCCUUCAAAUUUUCAAUAGCAAAUCUUUAAUCAAACAAAUUUCCUGUAGCUGUUUAACAUUUCCUGCGAGCACUCGUGCCCCUGGUGCUCUUCCCUUGACAAGUAAAAUCGUCUGGCAUUAGACAGUAAGCCACAUGAGCCAUUAAUUAGAGUGCAAUGCAACUUAAUGGGUUAAUCAUCUAUUAAACUCAUAGGAAUGUAGAGAACUGAGUGGGUAGUCUCUCAAGAGUCUGUUAAGUACAAAUAUAAGUUUCAAUUUCACAAGCUAAUAUAUUAAAAUUGCUUGUUUUUGGCUUCUAAAAUAUGCUGUUUAGUAUUUCGUGACAUACAAAUUAAUGAAAUAAAUGUACUUUUAACCAAUCAGAAUUGAGAAUUUUUCGGCAAUUAGUGAAAUAGUAUCAUAUGCGCGGAAAUAAUUAAAAUAUUCGUAUUAUCAUCAGUUUAAUUGCUUCCUUUAAAAGUUGUAAAUUUUUAAAAUCCAAUUUCAUUUUAUUUGCUAGCUUAUAUCUGACUGGGACAACUGAAAAUGGAGAUGUUUUAUCUCAUGAAUAUAUUAACGGUUUAAAGCCAGCUUUUAAAUAUCGUUUAUAACGUUAUAUAAAUUCCUAUAAAAUAUAAAUGGUAUUAUGGUUACUGGGUUACAUGUAAUGAUGCCACUAAGCUGCUAUAUUGCCAAUUAUCCAAGAUUUAGCUGUUAAAUUGCCAAUUAUCGUAUCGUUUGUGGCCGUACAUUGCUCAUUAGAUAUAUUGAUAAUUCUAAUGAGUGGGUCGAAAUCAGUGUCUCUGAGUCACUCUUGUCGGCUAAAAGUCAAGCCAAUUAUCAGCUGUCAGAUAUUUUUGCAAGAUAUCAGUUCCAAAUUGCUCUUUCAUUGUCUGUAGUAAUUAACAAGGCGAAUGCAUCUUCUAGUUUUGCUAACAAUGUGUAAGAGUUUGUCCGUUCCAUUGACCGUGAUUCCCUGAGCUAUUGACUAAAUUUUGAUCUAGGCAAGAAGAACAAAAUCCAUCACCACAGCUGGAAAGAGCAUGUUAAGAUGAGUAAAAUUGCAAAAUUUUGGUUUUGGUAAAAUUGGAAAGUUUGUAUUACGCACGGGAAAAUGCACCACUUUCGGCCCAAAUGUGGGGCAUUUUCCCGCGCGUAAUUAUACAAAUUCAUACAAAAUUUGCAAAUUUCGUAGGGCUAUAUUUUCCGCAUUUUACAACAUUUCACAACCAAACUUUGCAAUGUUACUAAUUUUAACAUGCCCUUUCUAGCUGUGGUGAUGGAUUUUGUUCUUCUUGCCUAGAUCAAAAUUUAUAUUCUAUAGCUGGAAUUGCCUAUUGUUCCAACGUAUUUUGCUCCUUGGCAAUGAAAACAUUUCACCCCCCAAUAUAUUUCAACCAAAUGAAAUUGCGGCUGAGAAGACGUUUAGUAACUAAAUGAUUUUCAAACAUGCUUAGGCGAACAUCGGUCAAGAUGAGGAUUUUGAGGAAGCCAGACAGAAGGCAACUAAUUUGGGAGCAAAAAAGGUUAGCUUCGUAAGGAAUCUUGUCUAUAUUGCUAUCCAACAAAUCUGAUAUCGUCUGCAUGUUACAAUUUGUUAACAAGUUGAUGACAACAAGCUAAGCCUGGUUCACACAAGCAAUUCUGUCGUUUUCCCCUCCUGGUAGAUGUGAUCGAAUGAAUGACGUGCAAAAGACUUAGAACUGUUUACUUCUGAAAAGCGACUGUAUUCUUUUGUGUGCGAGUUCACUCAUUUCCAUCCGUCUGAAACACAAAAUCCCGAAAAAAUUGCUAGAUUGCCCAUACCAUAUGGUCGUAACGGUCGUAAAGAGUGAUUCACGAUCUUUCUCACCAGCCGAAAUACAACAUUUUAAUAGAACUGAAAAUACGCGGAGUGAUUAUAACUAGAGAAUACUUCUGAUUUAUACUUGUGGUUUACAGGUAUAAACUAUUAUAAACUGGCCGUUGAGAAAGAUCGUGAUUCUAUUUUUACGACCGUUACGGCUUUAUUUAGGCCAUUUUCGACUAGGCGGAAUUUUGCGCGCGGAGCGGAAUUUCUCUUGUCUUUUCUAAUUAGUUCCACCCGAGAAAUCACAAGACAAAGAAAAAUUCCACUCCGCGCGCAAAAUUCCGCUUAAUGGAAAAUCGGCUUUAGUCUUGUUGGAACAACAAGUCUGUUACCGUCAUCAACUUUGCAACAAAGUGAUAACAACUUGAUCCAGACUUGUCACAACAACUGGGAACAAGCAGCACGAACACAUCUUGAUAUCGGCUUCACAACAACCUUGUGACAACGUGUUUCAGAUCUGUAACAAAAACGUGCGCGUUUUUACGUGCGUGUAGAUGACGCAUAAAUCCGACGUGGUGGGAAUUAUGAAAUCUUCAAUUGUUUUCUAUUUAGGUGAUAAUUGAAGAUGUUCGUGAAAAUUUUGUCACCGAGUUCAUGUACCCGAUGAUUCAAGCCGACUGCAUUUAUGAAGAUCGUUAUCUUCUGGGAACAUGUUAGUUCAAUGGACAAAUUGCAUGUUAGACUAAAUUUUAAUCUAAGUAAAGAGAGGGGAAUCAAACACAACAGUUAAAAAGAACAUAAUGAAAUUAGUAAGAUUGCAAAAUUUGGUUGCGAAAUGUUGUAAAAUACAGAAAAUAUUUCCUUGCGAAGUUUGCAUUGCAAUUGUUACCAUUUUCGGCUCAAAAAUGGUAAAAAAUUUCCGCACGUAAUAUAAACAUACUGAAAAUAUGCAAACUUCGCAAGGCUAUAUUUUCUGUAUUUUACAACAUUUCGUAACCAAAUUUUGUAAUUUUACUGAUUUUAAUAAGUUCUUUACGGGAAUUUCCUUUUUUUUGCCAAGAUCAAAAAUUAGUCUAACAUGCAAGUUGUCUAUUCUUCACUUUUUUACUCGAGUUCAUUUACACAAACUCUACGUUUGAACGUAUCUUAAAGGCACAGUUCAGCAUUUUGAAUGAUGGUUUUUAAGGCCCAUUUCAGCCCUUUUAAUUGAAAAAACUAACUAUAGGAAAAUCAAUUAUGCAUAAUUCAAGAUUAAUAAACUCAAUGUUUUUAACAAUAAAAAUGUUUGAAAUUAAAAGCCAUCGCAGAAGGCUGGUCUGUGCCUUUAAAUAUUGACGUCCGUUUCUAGCCAUUGCUCGUCCCUGUAUCGCUCGUGGCCAGGUGAAAGUCGCGUUGAAAGAAGGAGCAGAAUAUUUGUCUCACGGAGCAACUGGAAAGGUAUUCAUGCAUGAUCAGGGCAGCUGAGAGGUUGCGUGGGGCCUGGUGCAAAGCUUUCCCAGGGGUCGUAUGACGUCAUAAUUGUAAAACAGGAGAGAAGCGUUGUUUUACAAUAUAUUGCACUUUAUUAUCAUAUUAGCACUAACUCAGCUAGGAUUUAUAUUCUCAGUUAAGCAAUCUUGUAUCCAGAAAAUUUAAGGGACUUUGUCGCUUUGGGGGACCAGUUUUGAGCUGGCGGCCAGGGACAAAAUGCCUCGCGUGCCCCCCCCCCCUAUCUCAGAGGCACUGUGUGUGAUGGCUUCGUAGAUUUGAGCAUAGAUAGGUGUACCCUGUGGUAAUUUGGUCGAUGUCUGAAGUAAUGCGUGAGAGAUGUUUUACCUGCGUACAUAUGAAUAUGUACACUAUUCUCUUUAGGGAAAUGAUCAAAUUCGUUUCGAACUUUCGUACUACUCCCUCUUUCCAAAAGCUAAGGUAAGAAAUAUUAUACAUAGUUCAAAAACUCACUAAUAAUUCAUGAGGAAAACACAAAGAAAAAUCAUAAGCGUGUCGUAUCUUUACAUGUGAUAGAGAUUUCCCUUGAUUUACAUAAACCUUGAUUUUCUCGAGUUACACAACGUAUUUUUUGAAAAUGACUUCGCCAAUGAACUUACCAGAUCGAUUGUUUUUGAAGCAAUUUAAAACAUUCGCAGUGCGUGUUUUAUCAGACGUAAAGAUCACUCCGCUAAUUCGUCUCGUAUCUUUAUAUCUGAUAAAACACUGCUGCUCAUGUUUGAAAUAGUACUUGAAAUAUGUUCAUUCAGUAGUGCAUAAUGAUGAUGAACUUGAAAAACGAGGUCAGUGUUGAAGGAGCAAAAAAUCAAAUUAAAAAUUUGAACCAGCUCGACAGGGUUGAUGCACCGAGAUUUGAUGAGAGAUCCUCAUUUGAUCUAGGACUUGAUUGGAUUAAUUAUUUUGCUGAAAUCCGUUCACUGCUUCUCAUAUUAAUGCUCCUACAUUCGUUUUUGAUUUACAGUUAAGUGAUUUCUGACUUUUCUUCUAAUAAAGGUAAUUGCUCCAUGGAGAAUGGAAAGUUUCAUUGAAAAGUUUAAGGGAAGAACCGACUUGUUUGAGUAUGCCAAGGUAAAGCUACAGACCAUUCUUUAUCGUAUUACUAAUAAAAUUAAACCUAGUAACACUGCAUCCGCGUGAUGAUGUAUUCCAGUAUAAUACUUUAAUCAUGUUGUUUAGAAAAAUGGAAUUCCAUUACCAGUUACUCCAAAGAACCCGUGGAGCACUGACGAAAAUUUGAUGCAUAUUAGGUAAGUAAGAAUAGUCUAAGAUUUUGAAUCAAAAUACAAAUGAAUCGUUCCAUUGCGUGAUGCAGCAUUAAUAAUUUUUUUUUGUAGCUACGAAUCUGGAAUCCUAGAAAACCCGAAGGUAACCACUUCCCUCGAAAUUCUUAAUAACGAUUAAAAAUAGGCACGCUAAGCGUACAUGUAUCUCACUACAUUGCCAUUAACAUUGUCAACAAGGACGUCACAUUGCCGAGGGGGGGGGGGCUGGAUUAAAAACUGUGUUUGUAUCAGUUUGUGGUAAUCUUCAACGCAUAUGACAAAACACAAGAUUUUUAAGGUUUUUUGCUUCCUUACACGAGCGCUGUGAUGCAAAAUUAAACCAAUUUUCGGGUGACAUAAAUGUCGCUUGCUUUACAGCUCAUUGAAUUGAAUUUUUCAUCCAUUGUGUGUUUAGACUGAGGCUCCACGUGAUAUUUGCAAAAGAACAACACAUCCAGAGGAUGCUCCCGAUAAGGUGAAGCCAAAUUUAUCACUGAAAAAAUUAUCUAUUGUUAAAUGAUAUUUUGACCUCUUCAAUGAUUUCUUAAUCUUUUUAGCCUGAGCGAUUUGAGAUUGAAUUCAAAAAAGGUAUGAUAAGACUGCGUGUUAUAAAACGAUGUAUGUUGAUAUUUGUUCUUUCCGACACAGGACGUUAACAAACUGAUUUUAUUCAUUAAUUUUUCUAGGGGUUCCCAUUCGUGUUCAAUGUCACAGCGAUAAGAAAUCGUCUGACAAACCCUUGGAAAUUUAUAAACAUCUCAAUGAGAUUGGGUUAGUAAACAAGUAGUUAGUACUACAAAACUACUUUUGAAUUGUGCUUGCACUACAAAAAUCUAGUCCAAAGCUAGGCCAGGCUUAGACUCGUAGUGUAAACGCGGCUUAAGAAACUUUAUUUCUCAAUACAGUUCACGACACGGAAUUGGACGAAUAGAUAUUGUGGAAAAUCGCUUUGUCGGUAUGAAGUCUCGAGGUAAGUUAUUUUCAUGGAUAACUAAGUGUUAGUCAGUGGCGGCGCCAGGGGGGGGCAAGGGGGGGCAAAUGCCCCCCCAAAAUUAUUUUUUGCCCCCCCAUUUUGCCCCCCCUCAAAAAAAUUAUUAGUCACUAAGAGCGACUAAAGGCUACACAAGCGUUCUGUCGUUAUCGGAAAAUGUAUGGCUUAUAAGUUGUCAUUACUCAUUAGUGAAUGCGCAUAUACAUGAAACUGUUUUUUACAGUUUCAAUAUUAGUUUGUAAAUCUCUGAAUGGUAAAACUUGCCAAUACUCCAAUAAUACGUUUCAAAAAAGACAAAAAAGCUUUAGUUUUGCAGAGUUAAAUUCUCAAACGUGUAGGCAAUAAUAAGAUGAAAGUAUCACGAAAUUAUUUUAAUAAACCACAUCGCAUAUAUGGGGGGCGAAUGUCCUAAAGAGGGGCGAUAUUCCUAGGGUAUUCGCCCCGCCCCCCUGGGAGGCAAUAUUCCUAGGAUAUUCGCCCCCGGGGGCGAUAUUCCUAGGAAUAUCGCCACGUUUUGAAGGGGGGGGGGCGAAUUUCCUGGGGGACGACCUUUUUAAAAAUUCGAUCUUGCCCCCCCAAAAUUUGAGUUUGCCCCUCAAAUGCCCCCCCAAAUUUGGAAGCCUGGCGCCGCCACUGGUGUUAGUCCGUCACAAGAAUGAUACUAUUGCCAUAUGUUUGUCAAGGUAUUUACGAGACUCCGGCAGGAACAAUUUUGCGAGAAGCCCACCUGGAUAUCGAGAACAUUACAAUGGACAAGGUCGGUGAAAAUCGCUUUAGCUUAUAGAGCCAAUUGCAUUUAAUUCCUCUAUAGGUUUAAUAUCAGGGUUAGUUGGGCACCUCUCUCGAUUGAACCAUAGCCUAUCGAAGGGAAGAUGGUUGUGAGACUCAUUAGAAUAACAAUAUAACGCAUUAUCUAUGUUAGUCAACGUUUAUUCAUAAAUCUGGUCCUUCACCGUCACGUGUGUAUUGUAUUUUUGCCAAAUCCACCAAUUUCUAAUUUACCAAUUAUUCGAGUCACGGAUAGGUAACUUUCGUAAAACAUUGCUAUUGGUUAGUUGGGCAAAAAUACAAACACACGUGACGGUGAAGGACCAGAUUUAUGAAUAAACGUUGACUAACAUAGAUAAUGAGUUAUAUUGUUAGUCUAAUGGCUUUCACAGCCAUUUUCCCUUCGAUGGGCUAUGAUUACACCUAAUGUGGAAGGAUUUUAUAGAUUGAAAUUUCGAAUGUAAAUUUAUAUAUUAAUUUAGACGUAACGAGGAGCUUGGUUUAAACGUGUUUUUCUCCCGUUUGUUUCCAUGUUGUAUAAACCUGUGUGUUUUCUCACUUUAGGAAGUGAGAAAACUGAAGCAAUAUUUGUCCAAUCAAUUCUCUCAAUAUAUCUACACUGGAUUCUGGUACAGUCCUGAGGGGAACUUUGUGAGAGAAUCUCUGGCUAAAAGUCAGGAGAAUGUUGAAGGGAUCGUACAAAUGCAAGUUUAUAAAGGACAUGUAUGUAAUGAUAUAUUGAAAAAGAUGCGCUGCAGGGCCUCUUUUAAGAAUUUGUCAGUGGAGGGGGCCAUCAAGAGAAAAGGGACCCAACUACGAGGUGGUGAACGGAAAAAGUGGGAACGUUUGUGGCCCAGAAAAAUUUUGUUUUUCGGCAUUUUUAGACACAAAGAUUUGGUCUUGGGAAUACUAAGGGACGGGUCAUUAUUUGGGGGGGGGGGUGGCACCGAAGAGAAAUGUUUUUUCUGGUAAACAUUUUGCUGACCCAACCAUUAAAAAGCAAAAAAUUUGAUUACCCAACCUUAAAUAUCAAUUAAAAAAUAAACACCCACCCCUGGCCAAAACCUUUACAAAAGAAUACCAUUCAGUUGUCACACAUGUCCUUUACCACUUCUGUGACACAAGUUUGAUAACUAAACUUUGUUGUUGUAUGUACAUGUACUUUCUUUGGAGACACCAUUUGUCUCCCAACAAAUCGGAAAAUGAUCAAGAUAGUGACUCUGAUUGAUUCACAUAUUGUAUUGACAUACGACUGUUGACAUUGCUUUUCGGUCUCCAAUAUUUAAGUGAGUCAUGCUUUGGAAAUGACAAUAACUUUUUAUUACCCAACCCUUGAGUUGUUUUGUUUUUCAUUUACCCAACCUUUUAGUUACUCAAAAUUUAGUUUACCCAACCCUUUUCUCUUCGGUGCCACCCCCCGCCAUAAAUAAUGACCGGUCCCUAAAAUACUCUUCUUAAACAGAAGGGAUCUUCACUUGGGGGGGGCAACAUGGUUCACUGGAGGGGCCAAAACAGGGGCUGGGGGGGGGGGGAAGUCUAUGGUAUUAAAAGAGGCCCUGAUGUGCUGUUGUCUUUCAAAUAUAAUACACUAGUGUUAAACUGCGGUAGAGUAAAUUUCCUCCAUGAUUUCUCUUAGUUUGCUCAACUUCUGACCGAGUUUCUGGACACUCGUUACUUGCAAUGGAUAUUUUUUCUCGUCAAAGAGUAUAAUCGCAUGGCUCGCAUCCUUUUAUUAUAUUAUUUAGGUGUAUAUCUUGGGUCGAGAAUCAAAGACGUCUCUUUAUAAUGAAGAACUUGUCAGGUAGAUAUUCAUUUCAAGCAUACAACUGCCUCUCAUUUUGUCAUUGCUCAAGAUGGACUGUCUUUCUUGUUUCUCCAGUUCUUCCUCUGUUAAAACGUUUAUAGCAAGUCGUUCAUUUAUAUAUUAAGAAAGGACUUGUUCAUACAACAUUUAUAUGUUUUGUUUUUCUUGUUUUUUAGUAUGGAUGUGAUCAGCGAUUAUAAUCCAGAGGAUGCAGCAGGAUUCAUCAGAAUCAAUGCUCUUCGGUAAAAUGUCUUGUUCAAGUGCAUGUUUCCACGAAACGCAUUAACUAAUUCUCGUUUUAUCAUGAGUUCUUACGAGCUGAAUGUUUAUUAGAAACGUGCCUAAGGAUAAAGAGUAUGAGAUAAUUUUGUGUCUUUUUAGAUUGAGAGAAAACACAAGACUUCGACAGAUGACUGAAAAAAUGCAAUGAACUAAACUAGUAAAGCCACUGAAGAGUUGUUAAAUGGCAACCCUAUUUAAUUAGCAACAGUAGAGUUUAUUUAACAAUGCAUAAAUGCAAAGUUGUUUAUUUUUUUCAAUGUAGAAGUAUUAUUUAACGCAUGAGAUGUGAAUUUUGGUCAUUUUGAUAGGAAUAAAAUA